AUGAUUAAACAACAGCAACCACAGACCAUUACAUACGCCAUAUAUGCAUAUAAUUCAAAGACGGCAGAACAAACGCAAAUGUUGAAAUAUGGAGAUUUGGAGAUAGUAUUGAAAAAUGACCAUUUCGAAUUCGUUUGCAAAGGUGGUGCAGUGAUAUCAAAUAUAAAAGAAAUUUUAUUUAUGAAUUCAAAAAUUAAAGGAAUAACGGAUGAUAUAACAUCAAUUCCACCAGAAGAACAAAGAUAUUACGCAUUAAAUGCAUUUCCUAAAGUUUUGAAGAUUGGAAGAUUUAAUUUAAAUGAGGAAUUCAUAAAAGGUUUCCUAAAUGACAUAAUGAAGAAAGCAGAUAAGGAAUAUGUUAACGAUGAGUUAAAUAAGAAGGCAGAUAAGGAAUAUGUUAACGAUGAGUUAGCAAAGAAGGUAGAUAAGGAAUAUGUUAACGAUGAGUUAAAUAAGAAGGCAGAUAAGGAAUAUGUUAAUGAAAAAGAUAAUGAAAUUAUAGAAAGGGUUGAAUGGUAUCAUGAACGGACAUUGAAGAUUUUAGAAGGUAAAGCCAAUACAGGGUGGGUUUCAGGAUGUUUAGACCUUAAAGCGGAUAAAACUUAUGUUAACGAUGAGUUAAAUAAGAAGGCAGAUAAAACAUAUGUUAACGAUGAGUUAAAUAAGAAGUCAGAUAAGGAAUAUGUUAACGAUGAGUUAAAUAAGAAGGCAGAUAAAACAUACGUUAACGAUGAGUUAAAUAAGAAGUCAGAUAAAACAUAUGUUAACGAUGAGUUAAAUAAGAAGGCAGAUAAAACAUAUGUUAACGAUGAGUUAAAUAAGAAGUCAGAUAAGGAAUAUGUUAAUGAAAUAUACCAAAGUUUAGUUGGAACAAAAAAUAUUGAAACUAUUGUUGGCGACUUUUCUGUCAAUGAAGAAAACAAAUAUUUUAGAUGGGAGUUUGUACAGUCCUUAAGAAAUGGUAUACGGUAUAAACUCAUUCCGAAAAAUAACAAUGAAAUGUAUGUAAGCUAUAAAAAGAAUGAUGGUACACAAGUUAAAGUUCCAUUAGACAACAACUGCUACUUAAACUUAUAUGGAGACGAACAAAAGAAAUAUUUAAGAGUUUAUGAAAUGACGGAUAUGACAUUGUCUAACGUAGCUCCAGCACCGUAUUAUUAUGACUAUGGUGUUGACGCACGUGUAGACCCAAAAAAGCAAACAUUAUAUUUAGAUUAUUAUAGAUAUAAAAGAUAUAAUGCAAUAGAAAAAACGAGAAUAGUAUACUAUUAUGAAGAUGACAAAAAUAAAUAUUAUAGUCAAGAUUUUACAUACCCUGAAAACAUAAGAUUAUAUUAUAAAAAAUAUUCUGACACAAACCAGAAGAAACCCGAAAUAGUUACACUAUAUUUUAAGUUCAAAAGAGACAAUCCUAUAAUAUCUCAUAUGUUUGAUUUAAUGAACCCAGUAGGUUCUAUUUAUACAUCUAUGGAUGUGAGAGGUCCUCAAGCAAUGUUUGGUGUUGGUGCAUGGGAACAAAUAGUCGACAGGUUUUUGUAUUGUGCAAACUCUUCAAAGGAAACAGGGGGAAGUAAAACAAUUACGGGUGAAAAUUUACCUGCACACAGUCACUACAUAGAUUUAAGCACAUCUCAAGCAGGUUGGCAUAAGCAUAGAUAUUGGGAUUGGUCAGGAAUGACAAAAGGUAAAGGAUAUGAUGUUAAAGAUGAUGUUAAAUUUGCCAUAAAUUGUUACUGGAGUGACACUCAGGGAGAAGGAAACCAUACACAUCGCGUUUCAGGAUAUACACAAACAACGGGACAAAGUAAAGAUUACAUGCCACCUUACAUGACUGUAUUCGCAUGGUAUAGAGUUCAAUGA